CAGAAUUUGACAUAAACCAUUUCAUUUUCUCUCCUCCACCACAACCACCACCACCACCAUACUCUUCAGAAACCCGGGAUUCAUUUAACUCUUUGUUUCAAGCACAGAAUAAAAAUAUUUUGAGGAAAUUGUUAUUGAAAAAGUAAAAAGUGAAGACAUCACAGGUGUGGGCAGAGUUCAGGGAGUUCUGACCUACAGCACAAUAUGCCAGCGCCGCGCCCCAGACCACCUAUGAAGGGGCCGUUUUGGAUCAUUGCAUUGAUUCCUUUGAUUAUCCUCUUGCUAAUAGGUGCUUAUAUGGUUCCUUUAGGAGGAUAUUCAUUUUGUUAUUUCUUCUCUGGAGUCGGUUGCAAGUCUAUCUCCGAGUGGCUACCACUACCUACUCCUACCAGGGAAUAUAGUGAUGCUGAGAUUGCAGCUCGUGGUGUCAUUAGAGAUAUCUUGCAGACACCUCCUAUUCAAACAAAGACACCAAAAAUCGCUUUCAUGUUCUUGACUCCGGGCACAUUACCUUUUGAAAAGCUAUGGGAUAAGUUCUUUGACGGGCAUGAAGGUAGAUUCUCCGUUUACGUACACGCAUCUAGCGAGAAACCCGUACAUUUGAGCCGUUACUUUAUCAACAGAGACAUCCACAGUGAGAAGGUGGUCUGGGGGACAAAUUCUAUGGUUGAUGCAGAGAGGAGACUUCUGGGAUUGGCUUUCCAAGACCCUGAUAAUCAGCAUUUUGUACUUCUUUCGGACAGUUGUAUUCCACUUCAUAAUUUUAAUUACGUCUAUAACUAUUUGAUGGAUACAAAUGUCAGCUAUAUUGAUUGCUAUGAAGAUCAUGGACCUCAUGGAUCAGCUGGAAGGUAUUCCGAGCAUAUGUUACCUGAAAUUGAGUAUAAGGACUUCAAGAAAGGUUCUCAGUGGUUCACAAUGAAGCGGCAGCAUGCCCUGACAGUCCUAUCAGACAGUCUUUACUACUCCAAGUUCAGUCUUUACUGCAAGCCAGGUUUUGAGGGGAAGAAUUGCUACUCUGACGAGCAUUACUUGCCGACGUUCUUCUAUAUGAUGGAUCCUGAAGGCAUAGCGAAUCGGUCAGUGACACUCGCCGAUUGGUCUGAAAGGAAAUGGCACCCGAAAGCGUAUCAAGCUCAAGAUAUUACCUAUGAGCUCCUGAAGAAAAUUACGUCUAUUAAUGAGAGUUUGCAUUUUACUAGCGAUGAAAAGUUGGUGAUAGAUGAACCUUGCAUGUGGAAUGGGAUGAAGAGGCCGUGUUAUUUAUUUGCAAGAAAAUUCUACCCAGAAACUCUAGAUAAUUUGAUGAAUAAUUUCUCCAAUUACACAACAAUUUGAGUUUACUAGUGGUAAAUUCGAAUGGUGGUAAAUACUGGCAGAGUGUUAAAGAGAUGUCUUUUUAUCUAUUUUAAUACUACCUCUGUUUCUAAAUAGUAGGUAAGUUUGUGUGUAUAUUUGCACACAAACCUGCCUAUUAUUUUGAAAUGAAGGGAGUAGUUGUUAGGUUCUUAUUAUUUGCGUUUAUGUUUUAGUUGUGUGUGUCCAUCUUUUGCUCUACUCUUUCAUCUCUCAUUUUCCUCGCCCUCAGGGUAGACUC